UUCACGUUCGACUGUUUUUGACUAUUUCUGCUGUUGUUCUGUUUUUCGUUACUUUUUCGACUCAAAAUGGCUGUUUUAGCAUUUCUCAGAAAUGUGACGUCACUAUUCGAAUGUUUGAAAAUUAAAAUUCCGGAAUAUUCUGACCCUCCUUUGCAACAGUUCUCAAUCCCUAAGGCCUCUAUUUCUAAUUUCGUGUUGUGCCGGAAGGUUACGCUGUGCCAAUCUGGCAGAAUGGCACAUUACCGAUUGGCGCAUUUUGUUUGUAUGACGUCAAUUCUGUUUUCAUGCAGUUAUAGGUUUCAAAUAACAAGAGCAGUGGGGCUUUUGCCACCACUGAUAAGAGUAUUGCGUGUUUUCAAAAUAGAUUUUUCAAGUUUUUUCCUUACUUCAGCCGUGAGACCCUUUUUCAUGAAAACAUGCAUUUCAAUAAUUCUGAAAGCAUGUCAAAAUUUCUGAAAGCAUGUAAAAAAUUCUGAGAGCAUGUCAAAAUUGUGUUUUACAGGUUAUUUGCACAAGUUAAAUGUCUCGUGGGCGUGGGAGAGGUGGCGGAUUUGGCUCCAAAGGAGGCGCAGCGGAUCUCCUAGGGGUCAGAAGAGAAGAUAUGCCGGCAGCUGUCAGAGAACCACCUCCACUUUUUCCACCUGUUGACCCUCCUUUAAAUUUAGAUAUUGACCAUGGCUUAGUUGAGGCCAAACAGGAGUUCCGAGUUAUGAUGCAGAACUCUGAAUAUUACUUCCGCGAGGAACGUGCUUUUUCGGUGAAACGAUAUACCGAUAAAUAUAAAUCACGUGUCAAAAAUUUAGAACUGGGAAAAGCCGUUGAGCAAGUUCUUCUACCUUUAGAACUCAGGACGAGAAAGCGUGCACAGCCUACCAAGGCGGCACUGAGCAAAAGAUCAAAUAUCGAAGACCGCCUGACUGAGCUAUCCGAAAAAGAGUCGAAAGCUCUCACUGAGGAAACGCCAGUGGGCGAAACUGCCUCGGAUGACGAAGCUGAUGAGAAAAAACAGGCUGAGCAGCAGCAACGUGAACGAGCUCUUGAGUCGGAUAUUGAAGAAGUCGAGGAGGGCGACGAGGAGGAAUCAAAUGACUAUGAGUUGAAUUAUUUUGAUAACGGCGAGGACUAUUUGAUGGAUGAUGACCUUGGAGGUGGAGGUGGAGACGAAGAUGGUCCUGUUUACUAAAACCGGAAACUAUAUUUCGAUCUAAUUUGUAAUUUAGGUCUGACUGUGUCGUUGUGGAUGUUCAUUUGAUCAAUUAUUUAUGUUCUAGCUGUUUGAUUUACCUCGCCGGCAUAAGCUAAGAGUUAUUUAGAAACUAAUUUUGUUUGUCAGAUGGUCCAUGAAUUAGGGAAAUGCGUUCUCUGUUUGCAUAAUUGAGGUUAUUUUAAAAUCUGUUCAAAGCUAUUUGUAGUCACAUGCGGUAUAAUUUUCCUGGAGAAUUAUAUUUUACAGCUUGUGUAUAGUUUCUUUGAGGUUCGAUGAAAAGCUCUUUAUUUCUAUUAAACAGUU